AUUUUUGGCAGCGCAACGGAAAAUGUCGAGAAAUGUUCCGAAUACAACGGAAGUUUAAACUAACCUUGACCGUAAACCGGAACAGAAAAACAAGAGUUUUUGGUGUUUAUGUAGGUUGUUUAUGUCAAAAAACUAAACUUUAUAAGCUAUUUCCCAGAUAUGGCUACUCAAAGGACGUAGUUCUGGGUUUAUAAUUACCGGACAUAACGCCAUGGCGUUUAAAGACCAGGGGGAAGGAAGUUAUCCACAAAGAUCGACAUCUCAAAACGACCCGUCGUCCAGUUCCAUUGGAACUUCCAAUCCCACUCUCGAAACGACCAACGUUACUAGAAAUAGAAGUGUAGAAUCCAUUCCAUACACAGAACUGGAAUCUGACGAAGAGUCAGAUUCAGAUGAUAAGACUUUUCAAUGUACUCCUACAUGUUCACAAACAGAUUCACAGUCAUCAAGAAUAAUGUCGGCUGCAAAACCAGUGAAAGCAGAAACGUUCUGUGAAUGUUUAAAACGUGGCAAAGAAAAAUACUGUAAAUGUGGAGAAGAGGAUUCUUAUUUUGAUUGGGUCUGGGAUGAUGAAAGCAAGUCAUUGGCGAGUUCUCUUCGUGAUGAUAAUCGAGAAGUGGUCUUCCAUGUGGACUACAGUUGUGGCACUGCGGCAGUCCGUGGGUCAGUUCCCAUGAAAGAUGACCAGUACUUCUGGGAGGUGAAAAUGACCACUCCAGUAUAUGGAACUGACAUGAUGGUUGGGGUUGGGACCAGCCACAUUGAUUUGAAUCGGUAUCGGCACAUGUUCUGUAGUAUGGUCGGUCGUGACAGUGAGAGCUGGGGUCUGUCGUACACCGGCCAGUUGCAACACAAAGGAGAGAAAAGACAAUAUUCUGCCAAGUUUGGCCAGAGCUCUAUUAUAGGUGUUCAUCUCGAUAUGUGGCAUGGAAUCUUAUCAUUCUACAAGAACAGGAAGCCAUUAGGCAUUGCCUACCGAGGCCUACAAGGGAAAACACUUUACCCGAUGGUGUCGUCCACUGCCGCACGGAGCGGCAUGAAGAUGAUCACCAGUCGAUCAUUCCGAACGUCCCUACAGUUUAUGUGUUGUCAGGAACUUCGCAGAUUGGUGCCAGAACACAUGGCUGUCCUCGAUGCUGUGCCCCUGCCGCCGGGGCUGAAGGCUUUCCUAGAGAACAACAUGGGCUGGAUGCUCCAGCCGUAUUGCAUGGCAAAGGUUAAUGUUUCUAGAAAAAGACCGUUAUCAGUGGCUGACGAUGUGGACCAGGCAGCGGAGGACCGGGAGGAAGGAUGUCCACCAAGGAAAUGUGUUAGCAAGUUGUCCUGCAAUUCCUGAUUCGGCCAGUCAAGUAUUACUUCAAACAGUUUGCUGAAUUUGUUUUUUCUGUCAUAAUCUGUUGGACAAAAUGCUGCUCUAGGCACAGUGGAAGCAAGUCAGCAUUGUGGGGGAGGGAGGGAGGGGUGGGGGCUGACUGACUGAGUUCAAGGGUGCAUGUGCCUGGGUUUUUAGGUAGGUUCUUGGCCAGAAAAUCUUGAAAAAUUAAAUGUCAGUUGCCUGCAUUCUACAGGUAAAAUUCAGAAAAGUUUGAAAACUAGAUGCCCUGAAAUGCAAUUUCCUGCAUUCCACAGGUAAAAUUCAUCAUGGUAAAUACAACUCUGUUUAUAAACAUUGUGGUAAUUUUGGUAUACAUGUGUAUAUUCUGAAUAUUUUUAAACACCACAGUUAUGUGCCAGAUAGUUUGAACCAAUGAAAUAAUUAUUUUCAGUGGAAUUAAAUAAUUUACUAAAGUUACCAUAGUUAAUAUCAUGAAUAUUAUUAAUAACAGCAAAUUCAGUCAUUUUACAUUGUAUGAUGGUAAUCUUUCUUAUCUUCAUGUUUUCAAGAGGUUAGCUGAACUGGUUCGUCUCCCUUGGUAACAUUUAUGUGAAUUCUUAGGUGAUCAGGGGCAUGCUUCCCUGGAUAUGUUACAAGUAAAAUUCAUCAUGACAAAAUGCUGACAACUGCUGAUAUUUUAUUUUGGUUCAGGAGGCUCUUCCCCCUGUGCCACACCUGUACUCAUGCAGUAAAAUAAUAUUUUGUUUAUGGUGCAGAUUGGGAUCAUGAAACAAAUGUUAUGAUCAGAGUCGGUUACAAAAUAUGCAAAUUUCUUACCUGGCCAGAGAACAUUUUGUUUUCAAAAUUUUGAUUGGUAACAAUUCUAGUCAAUUGAAAAUUUAUUAGCAACUACUGUUUAAAGGCAUAUUGUCACCUUAAGGACCUUAUUUCUCUAAAAAUGG